GAUGACGCAAACAGACUCAGCUCUCCGAAAAAGUGUUUCAAGACGAACAUGGCGGCAACUUAACCGAGGUCCAAGAUGACAGUGGCCACCGGGAAAACGGAUUCGAUGCUUUCCGAGAAACCCAUCUACCUGUGUCGGGGUGGCUGAUGGCUCUCCUUUAAGUGAAUCUGCGAAUCGAGCGGUAGCAGACGCGCAGCAUCAGCACCGAGAGGCUUGCAACAGCUGGUCUCCCUUGCGCGCCCUCCUGACAAGCUAACAAGCCCGGAGAGGGGACGUCUGGGAAGACGCGGGGCUAUGCGGUCAAAAAGGACGCCGUUCUCCCCCGGAGAGCCAUGGAGAACCGGGAUGCGGCAGCGCGGAGCUUAAUCUAUGCGGCCACGCUAAUUGCUUCCAAAUAGCACCGACUCGCUUCGGGGGGCGAUAACAGGAGCGCCCUGGACCGGCGGAGGUUCGGCACCCCUCCUCCUACCGCUGCAGAGGAGAACCAACCGGAGCCCGUCUCCCAACAAGUCAAUGAGUUUUGUUGCAGAGGAGCCCCCGCGGUGGAGUCGGCCCAGGGCAGCACUCUCCUAAAAUAUGACCAGGGGUGUUUGGAUGCGUCGGCAGCAUGACGAAUGCUUAAAAUAUUGGUCUGCACCCCGGGGGAACGAGAAGCCAUUCACGGAGCCGGAGCGGGCCCAGAGAUGGCGACAGUCGCUGGCCUCUCUGCUCUUCAUCAGCGUCCUGCUCUCUGAUCACCUGUGGUUCUGCGCCGAGGCCAAGCUGACGCGGACCCGCGACAAGCGGCCGGACGACGGGCAAACUAUUACGGGGAAUUCUACUAAACCUCUGUGGCGGAUGGACACCUGUCAUCCGGACAGCUUCUCGAAAGACUGCUUCACUUUCACGGACGCUCUGACCGUGUGUUUGGGCCUCUCUGGCGGAGAAACAGAGGGGACACAGUCGGCGUACGUGAAUCUGAGCGAUUUGUACCUUUCUUUUUGUAACUCCUACUCACUUUUGGAUUUGUUUUACGGGUUUACGAGUCCGGACGUUUUGAAUUGCUCCCUGGAUACGGCCAUGGGGGUGGAUCUGCUGGGGUGCUCGGAAUGUGUCCGGGCUUAUCAGCGUCUGGAUCGACAGGCUGAGGAGAACUACAGGGAGUUUGAGCUACUGGUUCAAAAGUACGAGACGGACGCUUACUCAGUCAGGACGUGCAUGGACGAGUGUAAGUUUGUGGCACCGAUCGGUCAGCAGAGCCUGCAUGGCUGCAGCACUUUCUCCACCUAUGAGUGA